AUGGUUAAGAAGUUUAACGAUUUGGAUUUCGUGCCCACAAUUAGCGACUCAGAGGAGGAUAUUCCAGAUCUGGACGUCUCUGAAGAUGAAGCGCUAGAUCAGGAGGAGAACAAAGAACAGGUUCGUGAGAGUGCAACUCAAAACAAAAAGAAGAAGAAAGCCUCGAAAUCAAAGAAGAGUGCCGGGGAGGACGCAGAGAGGGGUGAUCUGGACGAAAACUUCCGGUUUACGUUGGACGAUGCUUCUACGUAUUCGAAGGACUUUCAAGGUUGGGACUUUGAUGUUAGUAAAGCUAACGGCGAUGAAUUGGCCAGGAAGGAUGUCGAUUUGGACAAAAUAAUUAGAAGGAAGGGUGGGUUGCUUCAAAUGGCUGCCAUUGAUAAGAAGAAAGAUGAGGAAAGCGAUGGUGCUUCAUCGGAGGAAGAAGAAGCAUCUGAUACAGAGUCCGCGGCACACAAAGACGAAGAUGAAUUGGCCAUGGAUGGUUUUGGUAUGGGUGCUAAACCUCAAGAAGAGGAGAUAGAGAACGGAGACGAAAGUUCCAGCGAAGACGAGGACGAUGAUGUCGAAGAAAGCGAGGAGGAAGGGAAAGAACUUGUAGCUUCCGAUCAUGGUGAGGAUGCCGAUGAUGGGGAGGAAGACGACACUGCUGAGGCGAAGGCAGAGUUUUAUGCCUCCGAUAACGAAGCCGAUGAUGCCAAGAAGCAAACGCACGAAACAUUCAACUCACUUUCUCUAUCGCGUCCUGUUUUGAAGGGUCUGGCUCAUCUGGGUUACACCAAGCCCUCGCCGAUCCAAAGCGCCACCAUUCCCGUUGCUUUGCAAGGUAAAGAUGUCAUUGCUGGUGCCGUUACAGGUUCUGGUAAAACAGCAGCGUUCAUGAUCCCGAUUAUUGAACGUCUCUUAUUCAAGCCAUCGAAAGUGGCAAUGACAAGGGUCAUUGUGUUAACCCCAACCCGUGAACUGGCUAUCCAAAUUUCGGAUGUCGCCAAGAAAAUAGGUCAGUUUGUUUCCGGUCUUACUUUUGGGUUGGCCGUUGGUGGUCUAAAUCUGAGACAACAAGAGCAAGCUUUGAAGGCCAGACCAGAUAUCGUUAUUGCCACACCAGGUAGAUUUAUCGAUCAUAUCAGGAAUUCCGCCAGUUUCAAUGUCGACUCUGUAGAGAUCUUGGUUUUAGAUGAAGCCGAUAGAAUGUUGGAGGAAGGUUUUCAAGACGAAUUGAAGGAGAUUAUGACCAUGCUUCCAAGUAAGAGACAAAACUUGCUGUUUUCCGCCACAAUGAACUCCAAGAUAAAAAGUUUGGUAUCGCUAUCUCUAAGAAGACCAGUUAGAAUUAUGAUCGACCCUCCAAAGCAAGCAGCCUCCAAAUUGACUCAAGAGUUUGUUCGUAUUCGUAAAAGAGAUAACUUAAAGCCUGCCUUAUUAUUCAAUUUGAUCAGGAAAUUGGAUAGUAAUGCGCAGAAGAGAAUCGUGGUAUUUGUCGCCAGGAAGGAAACCGCGCAUAGGUUAAGAAUCAUUCUUGGUCUUCUUGGUAUGGCCGUUGCAGAGCUACAUGGGUCGCUAACCCAGGAGCAACGUUUGGAAUCCGUCACCAGAUUCAAGAGUUUGGAUGUCCCGGUGCUAAUCUGUACUGAUUUGGCUUCCAGAGGUCUUGAUAUCCCCAAAAUUGAGGUUGUCAUAAAUUAUGAUAUGCCCAAGUCACAUGAGAUUUAUCUGCAUAGAGUGGGUCGUACUGCAAGAGCCGGUAGAGAAGGUCGUUCCGUCACAUUAGUGGGGGAGUCUUCCCAAGAAAGAGCUAUUGUCAGAGCUGCUAUUAAGAGUGUCGAAGAAACAAAUCAAAUUUCAAAUAAUGGGGGUAGGGCACUAGGUAGAAACGUCGAUUGGAACCAAGUCGAAGAGACAAAUAAACUGGUUGAGAAAUCUGCAGACACCAUUGAGGCUGUUUUGGUGGAAGAAAAGGAAGAGAAGGAAAUUUUGAGAGCCGAAAUGCAACUAAAGAAGGGUGAAAAUAUGCUGAAGCACAAAAAAGAGAUUCAAGCUAGACCAAGAAGAACCUGGUUCCAAACGGAAACAGAAAAGAAAAAUGCCAAAGUUAUGGGCACUUUGUCAGCAACCAAAAAGAAUACAAACAGCAAAAAGAGAAAGAGAGAGGAGGCCAUGGAAGAUGGGGGGCGUUCCUAUAAAAAGACUCAAAAGGAUCGUAUCAAUGAUCAGCAAAGACCUCCUAAAGGCAAGAAAGGAGGUAAGAAAAAUGGUAAAAGGUAA